CUCUCGUCUCAACUCGCAUCAACUCUUCAACAUGACUGGCCGCGGCAAAGGUGGAAAGGGUCUCGGAAAGGGCGGUGCCAAGCGCCACCGCAAGAUCCUUCGCGAUAACAUCCAGGGCAUCACCAAGCCCGCUAUCCGCCGUCUCGCUCGCAGAGGUGGUGUCAAGCGUAUCUCUGGUCUCAUCUACGAGGAGACCCGCAGCGUCCUCAAGUCCUUCCUCGAGAACGUCAUCCGCGACGCCGUCACCUACACCGAGCACGCUAAGCGCAAGACCGUCACCUCCCUCGAUGUCGUCUACGCCCUCAAGCGGCAAGGCCGCACCCUCUACGGCUUCGGCGGUUAAACGCAGCUUCCUCCUCGCAUGUACCCUCGCAUUCCAACACAAUCCCGCCGCCCAUUUGCCUCGGCGCCGCAUCUCUGAUCUGGUGCGUGCGUGCGUCGUCGUCGGUUGCGACAGCGGCGGUGGCUCGGUCGCUUCUCCAACUGUACAUUUCCCUGUCAGCAACACAAGCAGAUUUUUGAAUUUUGAUCUUCCUGUUUGAUACACGCUAAUAUAAAAAAAGAAACGUGAAAAACA